GCAUGGAAAGCUGUCAAACUCACUAUGGAUAAAGCUUCUGUAACAAGAACAAUUGAAAAACAAAUACAUUAUAUAACUAUUCAUGGUCCAGGAAAUGAGAAACAGAAUGCAAUACAUUUCCAGAAACAAUUCGAAACCACACCUCCGCUGCAGGCUGUAGCUACCCAUGGGACUACUUCUCCACAUGGUUAUAAACUAUACAGCCAGCUUUUAACUGCAUUACCCCCUAAGAAGAAAUAUGGCAUACUUGCAGCGAUUGCACCGGUUGCCGCUAAAUUCCGUGAAAUUAAGUAUGGAUCUUUAAUAAUUUCAGCGUGUAUUAUAGUGUCUAGUAUUCCACCAAUUCCAGGUUAUAGCACAACUAUAUUAUUAAGUGGUUUUGCAUAUGGUUUUCCAAUGGGAUUUCUUCCUGUAUAUCCUGCAGCUUUAAUAGGAGCAAGUCUAAGUUUUUUUAUUUGUCGUUUGUUAUGUCUUGGGCGAGCAACAAAAAUGGCAGAGAAACAAGGAAAUUUUUAUAAACUAUCUUUAGCAAUUGAAGAAGGUGGAUUUUGGGUCAUAUUCUUAAUAAGACUUAGUCCAUUCCCAUUCACAUAUUCAAAUGCAUUCUUUGCAGCAGUUCAAUCAGUCUCAUUUACUAAAUUUUUUAUAGUAACAGCAAUUACGCUUCCAAAGAUAUUAAUUCAUAUUUUUAUUGGGUCAAGACUUCAUAAUCUUGCCGACGAAAUGGAUCCAACGUCAAGAAUAGUCAAUUAUGUUUCACUUGGAGUUGGGAUAUUAUUCCUUUUUGUCGCAACUUAUAUUAUUUAUAAUAAAAUGAAUAAAGUGGUUGAAAAAGCCGCUGCUAAAAGAUUCUUGGAGAAAGGAGAUGUUGAAAGUGCGUUUGAAACUGAUAAUGAAGAUGAUGGAUCUAUAUUAUACGUUGGAGACGAAACGGUAGUUGAAGAAGAUAUUAGUCACCAUUAUUAUAAAAAUGAAUUAAACUUGGCCUAA